AGCGAGCGGGGAGCCAGCGAGUUGCGCAGCUGCCGUGCGCGCAGCCCCGCCGCCGCCACCAGCAGCACCUCAGUGGCAUUUAGCGAUCGGAGCUGGUAGUUGCGCUGGAGAGAGACGCGCAGGGAGGAGGAGGAAGAAGAAGAAGAAGAAGAAGAAGAGGUGGAGGAGGAGGAGGAGAAGAGGAGGACGAGGAGGGGGAGGGAGAGGGAGAAAGAGAAGGAGAAGAAGAAGACGACGACGACGACGACGAAGACGAAGAAGAAGACGAGGAGGAGGGAGAAGAGGAGGAGGAGGAGGCCACACGGACACCAACUGAAACAAAGUCUUUCCAAACCAGCACCCAACUCUACCUUGUGAGGAUCCCCAGCAUGGCUUCCGAGGAACUCUACGAGGUAGAGAGAAUUGUUGACAAGAGGAAAAACAAGAAAGGAAAAACAGAGUAUUUGGUGCGAUGGAAAGGAUAUGACAGUGGAGAUGAUACCUGGGAGCCAGAACAGCACCUUGUUAAUUGUGUGGAAUAUAUACAUGAGUUUAACAGACGUCACAACGAAAAACAGAAAGAAAGCACAUUAACCAGGACAAACAGGACCUCUCCAAAUAAUGCCAGAAAGCAAAUUUCUAGAUCAACUAAUAGUUCUUUUUCAAAGACAUCUACUAAAUCUUUAGUUAUGAGUAAAGAUCAUGAGUCAAAAAAUAAUCAACUCUUUUCUGCCACCCAGAAGUUCCGGAAAAACAAUCCACCAUCCCUUGCUGGAAGGAAAAAUAUGGACCUUGCAAAAUCAGGUAUUAAAAUCCUUGUGCCCAAAAGUCCAAUUAAGAGCCGGACAACAGUUGAUGGUUUCCAGAAUGAAAGCCCAGAUAAAAUGGACCACAUAGAGCAGGAUCAGGAAGACUCUGUGGCACCAGAAGUAGCAGCAGAAAAACCGGUGGGAGCUUUAUUAGGACCUGGUGCAGAGCGUGCUAGGAUGGGGAGCCGACCAAGGAUACAUUCCUUAGUGCCACAAUUGCCCGUGCCAGUAACAGCCACCAUUGCAUCAGCAUUAACAAUAAAUGGAAAAGGUACAUCCACCUUUAUGGAAGCAUUAGCAGCCAAUGGUACCACCAACAUCCAGACAUCUGUAACAGGAGUGACAGCCAGCAAACGGAGAUUUAUUGACGACAGGAGAGACCAACCGUUUGAUAAGAGGCUACGCUUCAGCGUGAGGCAAACAGAGAGUGCCUACCGCUACAGAGACAUUGUUGUCAGGAAGCAGGAUGGAUUCACACACAUUUUGCUAUCGACAAAAUCAUCCGAAAACAACUCGCUAAAUCCAGAGGUAAUGAAGGAAGUCCAAAGUGCACUGAACACAGCAGCUGCAGAUGACAGUAAGCUCGUGCUGCUCAGUGCAGUGGGGAGCAUUUUCUGCUGUGGUCUUGACUUUAUUUAUUUUAUACGACGUUUAACAGACGACAGAAAAAAGGAGAGCACUAAGAUGGCUGAAGCUAUUAGGAAUUUUGUGAAUACUUUUAUUCAGUUUAAGAAGCCUAUCAUUGUAGCAGUAAAUGGCCCAGCCAUUGGACUCGGAGCAUCUAUAUUGCCUCUGUGUGACGUGGUCUGGGCUAACGAGAAGGCUUGGUUUCAGACACCUUACACUACUUUUGGACAAAGUCCAGAUGGAUGUUCAUCCCUUACAUUCCCCCGGAUAAUGGGCCUGGCUUCUGCCAAUGAAAUGUUGUUCAGUGGGAGGAAGUUGACUGCGCAGGAAGCUUGUGCCAAAGGACUCGUCUCUCAAGUGUUUUGGCCGGGAACCUUCACACAAGAAGUAAUGGUUCGAAUUAAGGAGCUUGUCACGUGUAAUUCAGUUGUACUUGAAGAAUCUAAAGCUUUAGUACGUAACAUCAUGAAAGUGGACUUGGAACAAGCAAAUGAAAAGGAGUGUGAAAUUUUGAAGAAGAUCUGGGGCUCAGCACAAGGGAUGGACUCAAUGUUAAAAUACCUGCAGAAGAAAAUCGACGAGUUCUGAUGAGGUGCCCGUUGACACUGGAAUUGUACAUCUUGGACAUGAGGGCAAACAAAAGAUGCCCAUUUCUAAAACUUAUAUAAACUAACCCCUGGCUCAGUUUGGGAACAGGAGUGGAUUCCCCCUCCCCUUCUACUGUCAAGGGGUUUCAAAGUACUGUAUCACUUAAAUUUGAACAAAACUCCUCUCUCCCUGAUUGUUACUUAUAGAUGUAUGUACACACAUGUCUGUGUGUGCAUAUGUGUCUUUUUAUAUAUAUAUAUAUAUAAAUAAUGUCCUGUGUGUGAGAGUGUGUAUGUAGACACACACACACAAGCUAAAACCCGAUAGAGUGCACUACCAAACAUCUCUUUAAAGGCUCUAGUUUUUGUUACCCUUGGCUAGUACUGUAUCAAUAGAGAAUGAAUUAAAAAGUAACCGGUGUUGCAUUAUUUUCUGCGUGGCAGGGAAGUCUGGAAUAAUGCUUUUCUUUUUCAUGAGCAUACAGAACUGAAACGGGUAUCAGCCAGCCCUCACUUCCACUGCCUGACGAGUCAGCUCAGACACCAGGCCUCGUCUCUGAAGAAGGUUGAAAUACCUCAAGUAAUGGAACAGUCUAAAAUUGUUGGGAAUUCAACCCUAGUAAGACUAAAUGACAUGCAUCCCCCAAAAGAGUGUGCUCAGGAUUAAGGCUAAGAAAACACUCUGUCCUUUUUGGGGGGAGGUAGAGGGGUGGGAGGAAGGGGGAAGGAAUAUAUCUAAUUCUUACCCAGACAGCAUGAAGAAACCACUGUCUCUUGGGGAAGGGGAAGUGGGAGGGAAAUGAAAGGGGGAAGGAAAAACACACACAAAACCUUGUUUUGCAGUAUUAGUGAAUCACUGAAUAUCUUAUGUAUGAAUAUCCUAAGUUAUAAGUUAGUUUUAGUGGGGUUUUUAAACAGUUUCUUCUCUGGUUUGGAGGUUUUUUCUCUCUCUUUUUUUUUUUGUUCUUUUAUACAUAAGUGCUUCUGUUGCUGGGUGAGAAUACUACUUCAUACACCGUUUGGAUCUGGGGUUUGGUUCAUUUUUUUUCUUAUUUGCUGGUUUGGUUGAUGUAUUACACCAAAAAUGCAUUUUAUGUUCAUAAAUUUUAGGUUCACUUAGAAUAUAUUAUUUAAUAAGUUAAAAUUCUUUUGGCACACUAUUAAGUAAAAAAAAAAGAAACAAAAAAGAAACAACAAAACUCCUUUUAAAAAAGCCUACCUUAUAUUAGAUGUUUAAUGUUCUUUGUCUAUGCUUUUUUAUUAUUUUAAAUAUACACUAUAUCCAGUAUGGUGUAAAAGAGUGCCCUGUGUAAAUAGACCUAUUUUGCAUUCCUUUCAGGAGUGGUUCUCGAUUCCUGACUGCAGAUAUCUGUUAUUACUUGGGUAUCUGUGCUUGCAAUCUUAUUGAAUGUAUUAUGAAGAAUGAAAACAAAAAGAAAAAAAGAAAAAAAAUCAAACCUUAUUUUUGUACAGUUUUGAAGUUUUUACUUGGAACUGACCCACCUCCCCUUCCCAGUGGAGAGCUGUACAGUGUGUAAAUCUGCCUUUACCUUGGAUUGGUACAGUAUUUUUGCAUCUGUGGGACCGACUUUUUUGUUCUAGUAGUUUGAACUAUAUAUAAACUGUACAAUCUGUAAAGUUUUUAUAGAAUAAAUAUUCAGCUGUGAAAAUGGUUAAAUAAAACUAAUAUUUCUUAACACAUUUUAAA